AUAAAUCAAGUACUUCCGAAAAAAAAAGCUUAAUGUUGGAGGAAAUACCCUGUAGUGCGUUUGAUGACAUCACAGCAUUGGAAACCAUGCCUCCAGCCUGUAGUUUCAUUUUGUGUUUGCCUUGAGAUCUAAUCACAUGACAAAUCUCAUUUCCUGUAUUGUUCGGUCUCAUUUCAACCACACAUGGACAAUAGCCUAGCAGUCCAAUAGCAGUAAGUACUGUACUAUUAGGCCUACACAUUGUCAUAAUGUACAACCAGUGAAAACCUUUGGAUUAUUAAUCCGCAUUUGUUGACGAGAGGAAUUAGCUUUAUAACAUUCAGCUGGCCUAAUUAGGGAAUUUCCCUUGUGUGCCUUUCUGAGAUUGCUUCAGACAGGGAGUUGCUAAUUCAGAGUUUCAUAGAGGCAUAAGGAUUCAUCUGGCACUCAGGAUUUUAAGGCAGUGAGUGAGUGUAUAAUGUUCAGAUCAAAUUUCUAUGUGAAGAUCUUCAUCUGAUCGUUCUGAUUGACCUAUCAAUUGUUUUGAAACCUGAAACCAAAGCCGAUGUGAUUUAACAAUACUGUACUUUGACGACCAAUCCCAUUAAGCUUUAGGAUAAGUAUCAUGAAUGAACUUGAUUGAAAUGAUUGUCUAAAGUGUUCUGCUAAAAGAUGUGAUCAUCUAAACAGGCAUGUUGGAUUUUUUUGUGGGACAGACCAAUAAUGAUUUUUGUGUGGAAUCAAUUGGCAAUUAUUUUUGUUUCUCGUGCAGGUAUUGUACUACAGAACAUUUGAAAACUAUAGUAUACAGGAUGUUCUGCUGUAUACAAUAACAUGGUUGUCUUCCUGUGAAUUUGUAUCAACUUCCUUGAGGUUUGUCCUCAAAGCCAUAUAAUGUCUCCAUAAUACUCUCAAGUACUUGCUGUACAGUAGGCCUACCAGUUCAUCACUAAAUUUGGCCUGUUAGUUAUCAAGUUGGAAAAUUUACAGUAUAUAAUUAAUAUUUCAAUGCUUUGAGAGAGAGAAGUCUUUAAUUUAAGUCUUAUUUGAAGCGUCAGCAGACGAAAUUCUUAUUGGUUGUCAAGGAUCUGACUGUAGACGUGGUUGUCAUGAACAACAUUCAGAACUAAUUCCCCAGUUUGUAUCCAAUAUCACCAUACAUAGAAAUGAUGCAUACGGCUGUUGCUAUGAUACAGUAACUCAACAAAAAAUUAAGUUGCCAAGUUUGGCCAGCAAACUUCCUCAGUUUUUCAAAGAAAUUCUUAACCUUACAUUGCCUAGACCUAUCAACUUCUAUUUUUGCAAACCACUACUACAUUGAAGUUCAUUUUGAGGUUGUAUUUUGUAAUAGUAAGUUGUUUCUCAAACUUUCAUUUGUGGUACAAUAAUGUCAGCUGUUACGCAAUUUGAACGUUUCCACAAUGGUUCUGCUGAAGUCGUAGGUUCAGUCGGUCCGGACUCUCCGAUUUUCCAUGGAUCUUAUGAGUUUGACAGUGAUGUUGACCUGACCUCACCGAUUUCAGAUGACUGUAUUUUGUUUAAUGAAUUUGAUUUGUCAACAGAGGAACUUAUUGAUGCGCAUGCAAGUAAAUUAAUGGAAUGGGAAGCAGAUGUAAGUGACCACGAAGAUGACACGGUCUUCUUAUCUGACAAUGGAACUGACAACAAAUCACAAAGCUCUAUUGUCCAAAUGGACUGUCAGUCUUCUGCGGCUACAAGUUCUGUAGCUACUACGCCCUCGGGCAUAGCCCCUCUCCUUGUGGAUGAAGAGACGAGCCACGCUUUCUUCUGUUACACUAAAGAUGACAAUGAAUGGGCCUUUAAUGUCAUGCGCAAUCUGGAAUCGCCUUCUUAUGGUUUCAGAUUCGCAAAUCACAAUCACGAACUUGAUCCGCAUCAAUCACAAAUGGAUGUUAUCAUAAACGCCAUGAGUACGGCGAGAAAAAUUGUGAUUGUAUUGACUCCCGGCUUUAUGCAAAGUAUCUGGUGCCGUCACGAGAACUUGAAGGCUCUGCGGCCAUAUUUUGCUGACCCAAGGAAAAUUAUACCAGUGGUACUGACGGAAGUAGAUCCGCCUGAUUUUUUAGAUGGAAUUUCAUCGAUAAAUGCUUUGUCAAAGAAUUUUUUACAGAUGUUUGUUUCUUCAUUAACUCAAGGUAGUACAAAUGGAACAUCAAUAGGUUGUCACAGCACCAAUAGAUUAGACAGGGAAAUAUACGAUUUGUUUCACAAUCCAAAUGCUUUGUACAAUGGAGUGAAGCUUGGUGACAUACGAUCAACAACUAAUGGGUGCCGAUCAAGAUUCGACACAAUUUACUGUCCUGACGAGAUCGCAAGGAGAGGCGUAAACGUAAGUUAA